AGAACGAGGUCAGAGAAGUUGCUUGCAAUUGAACCUUGAGAUCAACCAAUACAGCCUCCAGCAUGGUGAAAUUGUGACGACAUAAAAAAAGAACUACUUUACCGUCUGCUUCACUCUUAUCUGGGACGGAAUCGCUAACGGUGCUAUUUUGUUCUAGGCCAGCAUUGGACACUUGAUGUAGACAGCAACUGAAUUGGUAUCCAGAUUAAACCCUAAUUUUGUACGAAAGGAACCGAUCAAGAAAACACAGGAAAUGGCCCACUUUGACGACCAUCUGUUCAAUCCUAUGCCCGGGCUCUCAGACAUUCAGAAAAGACAUACCUACGAACUAUACGGACACGUUUUAGAAGUAACCAGAGAACAGAAACACCGCCUUGAACUUGAAGAAAACGAGUUAAAAAGACAACAGGCACACUACCUUCAUGAUAUGAAAAGAGAAAAAACAAUUCUAGAAAAAGAACUAAAAGACAUAAAAGCUAAAACACGCCCGUUUCAAGACCCACGCCCUAGUACAUGUGCGCCGGAGUUUAAAUCAAAAGAGUAUCCAUUAAAUCAUCCAGAGUACGGAGAGAAACAGCCAGCAAGAUUGUUAGAUAGGAGACGCAGCGAACAUGACAUUCUUCACCGUAACACUGGCAGUGAAUACCAGAGCGGCAUUCUCGACCGGGACAAUAUAAAUGGCAGCCACCCUACUCUCACAGCGUUCUCCGUCGCUUCGAACUACAGAACAGAUUUUACAAAUCUUCUUCAUCCUUUAAAGAACGGCAGGCCGCGUUCGUCCACCUGGUCAGCCGCGAACACCGGACAACGCCCACAAGCUAAGUACUGGUUUGAUCCUUCGUACGGGAUACAACCACGGACAAUGUACAGGAUUAAGAAGGCAAAUAUGGUGACUUCAACGCUGGAUCAUCACCACGCUACGACUUUCCAAUACAGGAAAAAGACUGAACCAAACGCUCUCUCCUCACGUGACAGGAAUAGGUCAUAUUCAUGGGGAAAUAGUAGUCCAGGGCGGCAAAAUCUGCCAUCGAUAUCUAAAAGACAUUCUGAUUUAACUUACCUCGAUGUUCAUAAUUCAAUUUAAAAGAAAUAUCUAAUACGCUUGUAGCAACAACUUUAAGAACCACAAGGAAAACUGGCAUCUUUCAAAUAAAAUUUUUCCAGUUUCUGUGGUAAAAAAUGAGGUCGUGUAAAAAUGAGGUUCUGGUAAAAAUAGGCCCACAAGAAACAGCAUCUUUCGUUUACGUAAAUGUUUUUGAUACACUUAACCCCUUAUACACCUAGGGAAAGAAAAGCGCCAAUACUUUAACGUAAAUAGCCAUUUGUUUUUCUUGUACAUGCACUACUACAUGUGAAAGUUCUUACAAAGUUGAAGGAGACGUGGGCCAAAUAGAAUGUAUUUCACAGCAGUUUUUAAAGUGUAUUGGAAAACCUUGCCUCCAUAUCAUUUACAGUUUCUGGCUAAUAAGAUAUAUUAUGGUUUAACAGUAAACAAGAUUGUGUCCAUGGCACUGUUGGGUCUACGUAUAAGUGCCAUUCACUUUAUCUAAAAACUCGACGAAUAAAAUAGUUCAUUUACAACA